AUGUCACGCAAAUUUACGCCAAGGGAGGAAGGCCAGAAGCUUGACGAGCUUCAAGAAGAGAUCGUGAGACUUUACAAGAGUGGCACGCUCAAAACAAUGAUGGCAGCCAUCAACUCGGAGCACAAACUAAAUGCUAGUGAGGCCCAAUUUCGAACGCGACUGGAUCGGUGGCAUGUGAAGAAAAAUGUCACCAAGUCAGACGCAGCAGCCUGGAAAAGAGUCAUACCCAUGCUUCCUGAAUUGCAGCAUUCCGACAAUGAAGUUGCUGUCACGUAUCGUAACAACGCGUACUCGCUCCAUCAGGCGCAGAGGAUAUCGGCGCGUGUUGACCCACCCAAACUGGUCAACACAAUUGCACUACAGGACUUCCGCAGCUUCAAUCGUUCUCCCACCCGACUUCAUGACAUUACUCGUGGUUCGCCCGGCGAGAUUCCAUCUCUAGUGCAAUCAUACAAUGUUCACGACAUCUUUCUAAAGAGAUAUGGGGCGCCUUGGCCAAGCGAGUUGAUCAUCUCCACGCCCAUGCUUCAAAAAGUUCAUUGUCUUGCCGACUGUCUUUCUUGGUACAGAAAACAACUUCUCACCCGCCCGCCCCACCUUAUGGGGGAUCUUCUUCUUGCUAUGCCCCAUCCUCAUAAAGACCCGAAGAAGCACAUCGACGGCAUGAAAGCCCUUGUGAGAUAUUCAGAUGACGAUCAACAAGAGAUCGCGUCUCUUCUUCUAAGGAUCAUGGCGUUCGCCAUAGCCAACAAUAUUUCGGACGCGAUACCGAAUGACGGAAUUCUAUACAAUCUGAUCCGCAAAGUCAGAGAUGCAAAGACCUGGAUGACGCGCCUCUUUGCGUUGCGAGAUCCAUUUUCUCAAUGCCUCUCUAACGCACUCUUUCUCAGUGCUUUCCGUCUACAUGAUACGACAAUGACGAGGAUCUGCCUAAGGGCAGGAGCCAACGGUGCUCAAGCUAUCCUUGCACCGUCUCCGAUAUCAGAGCUUGGAUUGGUUUCUAUGCCGGUCUAUGCUCUUAUACGAAAGGAUCUCUCCUUAGCCAGACUUCUGCUUGAGGAAAAAGCGCCUUGGAGGGCUUCUCGGUCGAGGGUGCAGAAGCCAAUCAAGACACUUCUCAAGUCCGUGAUAGGCUGCUGGCUUGUGGAAGAUGCCGUUUGGGAGUUCAUCACAGAAUCGUAUCCGGAGUACGAGAACGAAGCUUGGGAGGUCAUCAACGACAAACCAAAAUUUCCACGUGAAUGGUUUGUCGUACGCAAGCUGCUUCAAUCAUUCCCUCACAUGCAUUGUCCUGUGCAAUGGCAGCCAGCCGCAUUGUACUGGGCAUUGGUAUCAGAUGACUCAACAAGUCUCGCCAUAAUCGACCAGCCCGUCACUCUGAAGGAUUUCGAAAAAUGCUUCUAUGAAUCAGCCAUCCGCAGAGCCAUGUCUGACGCAAGGGAGCAAGGCAUACCCGAAGGCCAGAUAGUUGAGCUCGUCAAGAACCUGAUAUCCAGGGGCGCUGAUCCUUCUUUUGACCGGAGGCCGAUGGACGCAGCGAUCGAGUUCAAAUUCUGGAACAUUGCAGGACUUCUUCUCGAUCACGGUAGUUCGGCAGCUAAAGCAUGGGAUCGAAUUAUGGAAGAAGGGAUAUCAAAGGUUCCCCAUACAUUUCUGGUGAGAGUCUACAAGCCAGGGCAGUACACGAUUAGUCGUGCCAUCCGCAAUCGAGAGAACUCUGCAUUGAUCCGGCAGCUGCUCAAUAUGAACACGGAUUGCGAAUUGGGUUGUCCUCAAGGAGACGCUUACGAUUCCUUUCUAUCAGUAAUGCACUGGACGGAUUAUGAGCAUCUAGAUGUGAUAUUGGAAGCGAAACCUAUGCUGUACGACUGUCAAGCAUUGAUGCACGCAAUUCGCAAAACUGGUAGUUGCCUUGAUAGCCCAAGAAGUGGAGAAGUUGUCGAACGGCUCCUGCAGAAUCGACCAUCCGGGCGUGAGCCUUGCGCCAAUGAGGGCACUGCUUUGAUCUUCGCUCUGUGUCGAAACAUGGGGGAUACGGUAAAUCGCAUGUCACAAGUCGGCAUUUAUCUUCACCAGGAUUUGAAGACACAGCGUCUGGAAUAUAACCACGCCUCAACAUCUUCGGAACGAUCGACCCCGCGUGAACUGGAGUUUGUCAGUCUGUCCUCCUAUCGUUGUCAAGGGAUCAAUGAUCAGCACGGGCUUGACAUUCUUGUGAUGUAUGCCUCGUUUGAAGUAGUCCAGUCUGCGCUAGACCAGGGCCUUCAAGUCGCCGAAAGACAUCUGGACAUGGCAGUUGAUCUUGGACGAGCUGACCUGCUCGAAACUCUCACGAACAGCCAAGGGGCUGACUUGACACGGAGAGAAAAGUUUUACCUUCAGCGUGCCUGCCAGUAUGGCCAUCUGGGACUGGUGCAAAAGCUACUGGAUCUAGGCGUGGAAGUCGACAGCAAUGCCAGAAUGUUCAAGCUGAAUGGUGGUUCGUAUGAACGCACAGCGUUUCAAUCCGCUGUGGAGGGAGGUCAGAUUGCCAUGGUUGAGCUUCUGGUCGAUCAUCAUGCCAAUGUUAAUGAGCCCGCAGGGCAGGUUCGUGGUGCAACAGCCCUUCAACUUGCGGCAGGCGCAGGAAAUCUUGCUCUCGCGAGGAGGCUGAUGGACCUUCACGCUGCUAUUGAUGCACCGGCGAGUCCAGUAUGCGGGAGGACUGCGCUAGAGGCGGCUGCCGAACAGGGAAGACUUCCCAUGGUACGGUUUCUUCUACACUCGGGUGUUUCGACAAUUGGACAAUAUCGACGGCAGUAUAUCCGAGCGGUCAAAUUUGCGGUUAAUGAAGGACAUUGUGCAAUCGAGGGGCUACUCAGAGAUCAUCGUCCAUGGUCCAAUGAGGACUAUCAACUCUACCGGACUGAAACCCCUCGGGCUUACUGGACGGAGUUCUUCUUACACGAAGUAGCCGGCACGUCAUAUGGCUCGAGAAUUGUCGAUUCCGAUUCAUUCAAUGAUAUGUACUAUUUCAAGGAUGCGAGGUCUGUUAGACGUAGGGUGGCGACUAUUCGUCUUCGCAGUGCUCUGCUUGGUGCUGUCUCUCCUCGCCUUCAAGAUAUGGCCGAUGAUCAGCCUGAAACCCCGGCACAGCCAGAGUCGAUGGAAUUGGGCCAUGGAAUAAUCCAGUACCGCGAUCUCUACAACUCACCUCGACUUGGACUCGGAAGAAGCGUCCUACCGAGCACCAUCAUUUAUCUGGACAAAGAUUCGUCAAGUCUCUUGGAUUGUUAUCGACGAGAUGCAGCUCAGAACUGCACUGGAGACCGACAGAAUCCCGCCUUCGACCCUCUUAUUUCGGGAGCGGAAAUCGCUGCCGCCUCUGGCGAAGACCAUGAAAUGCUUGAUGUGAUGGCAGAAAAUUAUUACAUCUCGCACCGCACAUCGGAAGUGUUAGGCUCUGGAAGUGGCGAGGAUUUUUAUUGUGAGAAUUGUCGAAUGUUCCGGGCACUGUGUUGCUGUCUUGAUCCUUCUUACUCGGAUGGAAUGGAUGAUGUAUGUAUGGCCUUCUCCCUUGAGUAG